UCGAGGAUAUGAAAUGGCGGUGAUUGCAGUGAAGCCCAUCUUCACCGCAGCGGUGGUCGCUCUCGCCCUCAUCCUCGCCGUGCUUCUCUUCUCCCCCAGUUCGCCCUUCAACCAAGCCCCCCUCUCUCUCGCUUCACCCCAAAGAAGAUUGGAUAUAUGGAGCGUUGGGAGAUCGGUGGAGUGGAGGCCUUGCAAGUGGUGGCUCCAAGCUCAUCUCACCGCCCUGCCGUCUAAGAGUAAUGGAUUCAUUCGAGUGGAUUGCUACGGGGGCCUUAAUCAGAUGAGAAGAGAUUUAUGUGAUGGUGUUGGUGUUGCUCGUCUUUUAAAUGCAACCCUUGUUUUGCCCAAGUUUGAGGUGGCUGCAUAUUGGAACGAAUCAAGUGGUUUUGCAGAUGUCUUUGAUGUCGACUACUUCAUUCAACAGAUGAAUGGCUUCAUCACUGUUGUCAAAGAAUUGCCAUCUGAGAUUGCAUCAGAAGAACCCUUCCAUGUGGAUUGUAGAAAACGCAAAGGCCAAUUUGAUUACAUAGAAAGUGUUCUUCCAUCCCUCUUAGAACAUCAUUAUAUUUCCAUAACGCCUGCAAUGAGCCAGAGAAGGGAUAGGUAUCCUCAGUAUGCAAAAGCUGCCCUUUGCCAAGCAUGUUACAGUGCUAUACGCCUCACAAGAUCUCUGGAGAGGAAAGCCUCUGAGCUUCUUGAAGCCAUACCUAAACCUUUUCUCUCACUUCACCUUCGUUUUGAGCCGGAUAUGGUAGCCUACAGUCAAUGUGAAUACCCAUACCUAGCUCCUGCUUCUAUUGAAGCCAUCAAGGCAGCACAGGGAGAUAGAAAGCCAUGGACUGGAGAGCUUGCCCAAAUUUGGAGGAAACGAGGAAAAUGUCCUCUUACACCUAAUGAGACAGCCUUCAUACUUCAAGUGCUUUCCAUCCCAACAAACACUAACAUUUAUCUGGCAGCUGGGGAUGGUUUGAUGGAAAUUGAAGGAUUAACAUCUGUAUAUACCAAUGUAGUUACCAAAUCUAGCCUACUUAGUGGUGAGGAUUUCAAAAGCAUGCAUGGAAACACGAAAGCGGCAUUGGAUUACUAUGUGUCUAUUAACAGUGAUUCAUAUAUAGCAACGUAUUUUGGAAAUAUGGACAAGAUGGUUGCAGCGAUGCGAGCUUUUAAUGGGUUGUACAAGACUCUUUUCUUAGGCAGAAGAGCUUUUGCUGAACUCACUUCUCAAGGAUUGAGAGGUAACGAAUUGGCGCAUGCUCUAUGGAAGGCUCACAAAGAUGAGUUUGUCAUGGGAAGAGGGUCUGCAUUGCCUGAUUGCUUUUGUGAGUUCAAAUUGUGAUUUCUGAUGUCAGUUUUAUCUUUCCUUAAUUUAUUUUGUAAUUUUGUUUUUAAAUGCUUUCUAAUUUUGUGUAGCUGCUAUACCUAGGAAGUUGGUAGGAUUAGAUUGUCUACAUUACUGAACUGUACUGUGAUUUUAUAUCUUUGAGAGCUGACAGUGCACCUUCUUACCCCAACAUAGGAGUUUCUAGCUAGUGAGUAUUCUAAACUACGGAAUUUCAAAUCAACAUUAAGUGGGUAAUUCCAUUUUUAGUUAAAAUAUUUUGUUGAAAAAUACAAGCAUUACUAUGGAAAUUAUGUCAAUAUAUAUUUCCUUCCUUU